UGGCUCUGAUUCUGUCUUCCUUCUGUGCUUAUCCACGGGUGGCUAGACACCAUCUCUCCCCACUCAUAGAUGGCUAGAUGCGUUCUCUAAACUUUCCUUUCUACCUAGUUCUCUCUCUCUUUUUCUCUCUGUCUCUCUAAGAAAGGGAGAGAGAAAGAGAGGGAGGGAGAGACUUGCAGAUCCCCAGACACUGCUGAGGCUCAGUUCUCAUCCCCAGGUGCUGACGUGAUGGCCACAGCAGGAAACCCCUGGGGCUGGUUCCUGGGGUACCUCAUCCUCGGUGUCACAGGAUCGCUCGUCUCUGGUACCAGCAGCCAAAUCGUAAACGGCGAGGACUGCAGCCCGCACUCGCAGCCCUGGCAGGCAGCACUGGUCAUGGAAAACGAAUUGUUCUGCUCGGGCGUCCUCGUGCAUCCGCAGUGGGUGCUGUCAGCCGCACACUGCUUCCAGAACUCCUACACCAUCGGGCUGGGCCUGCACAGUCUUGAUGCUGAUCAAGAGCCAGGCAGCCGGAUGGUGGCGGCCAGCCUCUCCGUACAGCACCCAGAAUACAACAGACCCUUGCUGGCCAACGACCUCAUGCUCAUCAGACUGGAUGAGUCCGUGUCCGAGUCUGACACCAUCCGGAACAUCAGCAUUGCCUCCCAGUGCCCUACCAUGGGGGACUCUUGCCUCGUUUCUGGCUGGGGUCUGCUGGCAAAUGGCGGAAUGCCCACCGUGCUGCAGUGCGUGAACGUGUCGGUGGUGUCGGAGGAGGUCUGCAGUGAGCUCUAUGACCCAGUGUACCACCCCAGCAUGUUCUGCGCUGGCGGAGGGCAGGACCAGAAGGACUCCUGCAACGGUGACUCUGGGGGACCCCUGAUCUGCAAAGGGUCCUUGCAGGGCCUAGUGUCUUUCGGACAAGCCCAGUGUGGCCAAGUCGGUGUGCCAGGCGUCUACACCAACCUCUGCAAAUUCACUGAGUGGAUAGAGAAAACCAUCCAGGCCAGUUAAAUAUAGGGACUGGGACCCAUGAAAUUGACCCCCAAAUACAUCCUGCAGAAGGAAUUCAGGAAUCAGGGUUCCCAGCCUCUCCUCCAUCAGACCCAGGGAUCCAGGCCCCCAUCCCCUCCUCCGUCAGACCCAGGGAUCCAGGCCCCCAUCCCCUCCUCCCUCAGACCCAGGGAUCCAGGCCCCCAUCCCCUCCUCCAUCAGACCCAGGGAUCCAGGCCCCCAUCCCCUCCUCCCUCAGACCCAGGGAUCCAGGCCCCCAGCUCCAACUCCCUCAGACCCAGAGCUCCAGGCCCCCAUCCCCUCCUCCCUCAGACCUAGCAGUCCAAUGCCACCUAGACUCUUCCUGUACACAGUGCCGCCUUGUGGCACGAUGUUGACCCAACUUACCAGUAUUAAAGUUGGUUUUUCACAUAUUUUGUCCCUUUCCCCUAGAUCAGAAAUAAAGUCUAAGAGAAGUGCA